UAGUGGGGCGCUGAGCAGAGUAUGCACAUUGCCGAGAAAGAGUGGCAGGGUUGUUAAUUCUCGUGUUUUUCUGAAUUUUUUCUUUCCAAAUGGCGACAACACAGUUAGCCGACGAGGGAGAUUUUGAUUUGCUCUCUACAAUUUAUGAUAUCAUUAAAAGUGUCGAGAAAGAACAGCAGGAUAACGCCCAGAAACUAAAGGAUUCUCAAGAAGCUGGUCAAAAAGUAUUAGAAUUACAACGAAAACUCGAUCACGCAAGAGAAGUGGUUAGGAAGCUUCCGGGCAUUGAGCUCAGUAAAGAAGAACAGUUGCAGCAAAUUGAUUUGCUAAGACAACAACUUACAUUGAAAAGAGAUCUUCUCAACAAAUAUAGAUCAAUUACGUCAUUUGACCGUGAAGCUCAAACAGAGUUUCAGAUUCAUCAGCAUUAAUUAUGGUUUUUCGUCACUUAUUCAAUUACCUUGCAAACAACCCACAAC